AUGCCGAACGUACAGCUUCUCGUGAUCAUUCAACAUAUCAAUAUUUAUAUCGUCUUUUUUGCUGCUAACAUCAGUACGAUAGGUAGCAUACGCCAUAUCAUUACGUUUACUUGUUUGAAAAAGUAUCGCAUCAUUUCAAAUUCAGUAUUUCUGGCUGGAGCAUCUCUUGCUGAACAACUAACUAUUAUUGACCUUCUUUUUCCACAAUCAAUUGGCUAUGUAACAGGUCAUAAUCCUCGAGUCAUGUCAUCUCUACUUUGCAAAAUAAGUUCGGUUCUCUAUAAUGGUGGCGGUGUAUUUGCUCUUGAAUGUUUAUACUUGGCCGCAAUUGAUCGCUACUUACAAACAUGUCGAUCAGCUGUUAAAUGGCAAUGGAUGACAUUGAAGAGAGCUUUAUUACUACUUUGUAUUUUUGCCUUCCUCUCUAUUGGUUUGGGCCUUCCUUUUGGUAUAUUUCGGGACGCAGUACCUAACAUUGGACAGUGUGACUUUAUCAAUGCUAAAUUUGCUCGUCUUUUUUUCUAUUUUUAUGCAAUUAUAGGUAUAAUAUCACCAGCUGCAAUUUUAGUUGUUUUCGGCUAUCUCACUUGGCGCAACGGUCAACAGACUCAGCAACGUCAAACUACAGGUCAAAAUUCUAAUAAUAUUGCUCAACAACCUACUCGAAUGAUUUUGAUUCAAACAACCUCUAUUGUCAUCUCAGCAGUGGCAGAAUUCUCACCAAGCAAAAUUCGAGAAUUCUGUUCAUUUAUAAACUAUGUUAUAUUCUUUCUUUCCUGA